UCCUAAAUUGUAUUAAAUUUAUUGGAAAAUUGCAGUAGGUAUUAAAUUUCCAGACGAUGCGUUUAAAGCCAGGGAAAUCACUGUAGUCUGCUGUAAAACCACUAAUGAUAUGUAUUUGUUUUAUUAAUGGCCUUGCACAAAAAACGAGGGCAUGGGAUUAAUACAGGUAGUUCCCAGAUUACGAUUGACGUGAUUUCAAUUUUACAAUGUCUGCCAUUUUUUUCUCAAUUUAACACAACGUACCUCACGGUAUCUUUAUUUUAGUACUAUGACGUAUAAUACAUGUUUCUAGAUGGUUCUUUUUAGAUUUAGGGGGUACUUAGAGGGAUAAUUCCGAUUUGCACGGAAAUCUGGGUAACGUCGCCAGUCUAGGAACGGAAAGCGUUCGUAACCCGGGGACUACCUGUAUAUAGUAUAGGGUAUGUUGUCCGCAACUGCAGCUUAAGUCAGCGACUUGAGUUUUCGCCAUGAAGCCAUAUCUUUAUUCGCAGCUGUAGAGGUGAACGGGAAUAUGCAGAGAUGGGGAAGUGUGAAUUUAGUCAAAAAUGGAUGGAAGAUGGUUUAUCCAAGAGGGUUAGCCCUAGGUGAAAAUGACAACAGUGCAUGGUGCAAAUUCAGGAUGUGACAAUACAGUCCCUGACAAAAGUCUUGCCCAUUCUGUAGAAACGAUUGCUAAUAAUUUACUUUUAAUUAUUCAAUUGGUUUCAAAAAUGGCUCAUAUGAAAGCCAUGAUUUUGCCACCACCAAACUUCACUGUUUUGUGGCAAAGGGUGGAUUUUUCAGGUGAAUCUUCCAUUGAAUGACACCGCAGUCGCCGCAAAUAUUGCAAGAGACCUACUGGAGCCCGCAUGGAUCCGAGAUUCACUCAGAAAACAGUGAAGUUUGGUGGUGGCAAAAUCAUGGUCUGAGGUUAUAUCCAGUAUGCGGUGUGCAAGAGAUCUGCAGGGUGGAAGGCAACAUAAAUAGUCUGAAAUAUCAACAAAUCUUAGCUGCCGCUUACAUUCCUAACCAUAAAAAGGGACAAAUUCUGCAGCAGGAUGGUGCUCCAUCGCAUACUUCAAUCUGUACCUCAAAGUUCCUCAAGGCAAAGAAGAGCAAGAUUCUCCAGGACUGGCCAGCCCAGUUACCAGACAUGAACAGGAUGAAAGAGGAAGUAUGGAAGACGAAACCCAAGAAUGUUGAUUAACUCUGGGAGGCAUCAAGACUGCUUUCUUUGAUGUUCCUGAUGACUUUAUGAAUCCUUGCCGAACCACAUGGAUGCAGUCCUUCAAGCCCAUGGAAGUCAUACAAAAUAUUAAAUUUGGAUCCCACAGCACCACUACUUAAUUCGCUUAUGUAACAAAUUUUUGUAUUUGAAUUACAUUUUUUGUUCAAUUUUCACACUACUUUCUGUAGGGGACAACUUUUGCCUUGCCAAAAUUUGACCUUUAUGUCUUCAGUAAAUGAUAAAUCUUUUUUUCAGUGAAAUAUAUUUUUGUACAUUUAACAUCAUUUGGGAGUGUCUUAGCUUUCAUAUGAGCCAUUUCUGAAACCAAUUGCAUAAUUAAAAAAUUAUUAGCAAUUGUUUCUACAAAAUGGAGAAGCGACAAGACUUUUGUCAGGGACUGUAUAUCGAAAAGGUAAUAUAUUUCGGUACUUUGUAGCCCAAAAGGUUAUCGAUAUGCUCCUACCAAGAAUCGAUAAAUUGUUUUAAAAAGGUGUCAUUAUUUAAAUUUUUUAAAAAAGGAACCAGUAGGUUGCUACUAGAAUCUUCCAUUAGAAUAAUGUAAGCUCACUGGCUGCCAUUGACAGAGCAUUCAUUGAUUGGAUUGGACGUCUAGCGUUGUCGUUGGCACUGAAACUAAAGCAUUCACAACUAGUCUUGUGGACAUCUACAGGUCACUUCCUGUUCAUUUUAGGUCACUUACAGGUUACUUGAUUUUGAGUCACUUCCUAUCCAUUUGGGGACAUUCUUGAGUUAUUGCCUUUCCAGUAACCCAAAAUCAACAGGAAGUGACCCGCAAAUGCCCCCCCCCAAAAAAAGCAAGUGACCGAAAACCAACAAGAAACUAGGCCUGCAAGCAGGACUGAACGGGCCCUCGCAAUCUAGUGCAACUCGGACGUCACGCACCUCGGACAGUGUGCAGGUCAGGGUGGUGGCAGAUCCUCUAAUCAUCUCAACAUGCUCGAAAGUCGCCUCUUUACAUUCACACACCUCAGAGAUAAAAACCCCUAUUGGAGAGAGUACUACAAAAAAAGAGCCACUACUGAGCUGUGCAGCCAAGCCCUUAUUCAAAACCAAAAUGAAUCUUCUAACUGGGCCAAUUCGACCAAGUGUGCCAAAUUCUGUGGCUCUAUAAGCUGCCUGAGUCUCUGAAAAUUUUUUUUUUCCUUUUAAUGGCGAACAAAGAGUCGUCACGGCAACAGACAGAGACGUGUGGACAUGGGCCGUAAAAUAAGUAUUUCAAAACGUCUUGAAACUACAAUGACCAACCUGAAAAGAACUGAACAUGUAUUGGAAAAACGAGUGACUUUCUAUUGCCACUAGUUGGCGCUGUAGGAUUGAUGCAAAUGACCCCUACAGGACCCUUGAGAGUAUGACUCAACAAGCACGAGAUGUUUGGCGCAGAUAUGUUGCAGAUCUUCCAAGUUAUGACUGUUCAAAACUUGAGGUGAGACGAAAUGGCUUCAGUCAUGUUCACUUGUCCUGUUGGACCCUUCUGCUUCAACCAAACCUCAAUAUUUUUCAUCAGGCACCUGAACACAUGUCUUAUGGCUCCCCUGAUGCAGGUUUCAGGUGAAUAGAUUUUUUUCCUUGGAGGAGGAGCCUGUUUCGUAAAAAAAAAAAAAGGCAUUUCCUGUUCCCACUAGGGGGCGCUAGGCCUAAUGGUAAUAUUUCAAUGGACUCGUGUUAAGGGUGGGAUCCCGCACAUACAUGCCAGAUAUGAAAAAGAUUGAACGUUGUGUCAAGGAGCUAUUAAUCAUUUACUGAAUUUGUCAUUUUGCCGAAAAAAUGGCCGACUUUGACACCACGCCCAGGUCAGACCCAUGAAUGAAAACGCACCAUUUUGAAAAUUUUAGAUCUGCUAUGUCUCCUGAAUAGUCUCACCAAUUUCGAAGAUAAUAAUAAUCCUUUGCAAAACAAUAGGGCCUUCGCACGCUUAGUGCUCGGGCCCUAAAUACGUGAAAUGCCCCAAAAUUAACUCAUUGACCGGCAUUGGCUGCCACUGACGGUCAUACACAUUCGUUCAUUUGCUGCCAUCCCUCCCACUUCAAACGGAUUGGACGUCUAUUAGUGAUAAACUCAGAGCAUGAGGAUGAAAAUAUCUUGUUUUUCUGUUUAUUAGUUUUGUAGAAUAUCCUGGAAUGAUGUCCUUUAGCCUUGACCUUAAUCCUUUUGAUUGCAGUAUUUCAAAUUCAAAGCCUCACUGCUCAUUAAAUGGAGAGAGAAAAAAAAAUGAAUACAGAUCACUGCUAAGGCCAGUGAGAUUUCACUCUCUCUUAGCAUGUCAUAACCUCUUUAUAGUCAUAUUGUGAGAGUAUAAGAAACUGAGAAUCAAAUAGAUGUAUUUUCAACAGCAAAAUAAUUGUGUACUACAUAACAAAUGAAAUAUAUUCCCAUCAACUUGAUAUGAAAAAGCUCUUUAUCUGUUUUACACCUUUAUGUAUUUACAUGAAAGCCACACGCCUAGCCAAAGUUCAUAUGCGCUGAUACAUUCAUGGCGUCUCGUUUUGUGUGAUUUUAAUGACCGUGACUGUCAAUGAAUGAGCGACAGUUACUUAUGGAGGGAUUCUCAUAAACCUGUAAUUUCUUAACGUGUCAUCAAGCCGUGGUCCCUUAAAAGUAGCAUAAGGUUAAAGUACACUUUACUUGAACCCAUUGCACACAGUCAUGUGAAGGAGAAAGACUUUUUCUUUUCUUAUGCUCAUCUCCAACAGAGAGCUUAUGAAGUUUGAAUAACAGCACUGAAAAAGGAAGGUUUUAGGUAACAAUUAUCAGGAGUCAUGGACGAAGCCGACAACAGCACCGUUGAUCCCGCCUGCUUACAGGAGCCCCCUCUGGCUAUCGAUGUGAUAAAGCAGCUAGAUGCAUUUGGAAUUUGCCUGUAUGCCAUGCUCACCUUCAUGUCCUGUAUAUCUCUUCUACUCUACUUGGAGCAAUGUGUGUACAUUUAUAAAAAGCUGCCCUACCCGAAAAAGACAACCAUCAUCUGGGUGAAUGGAGCCGCGCCAGUCAUUGCCACCAUGUCUUGUUUUGGCAUGUGGAUCCCCAGGGCUGUCAUGUUCACAGAUAUGACUUCAAACUGUUAUUUUGCAGUGGUGGUGUACAAAGUGCUGGUUCUGCUGAUUGAAGAGCUGGGGGGCAGUGAUGCAUUUCUCAAGCGCUUUUCUGGUAAACCAUUCAAAAUCACCACCGGGCCGUGUUGCUGCUGCUGCUUGUGUUUACCGCGUGUGCCCAUGUCACGGGGUAUGCUGUUCCUUCUAAAGUUAGGGGCGCUACAGUACGCCAUCCUAAAGACUGUCCUCAGUAUCCUCUCCAUAGUACUUUGGACAAAUGGCAACUUUGACCUUUCAGAUCUAGAGAUCACUGGCACGGCAAUUUGGAUCAACCCGUUCAUCGGGGUUCUCACCAUCACUUCCCUAUGGCCAGUAGCCAUCGUGUUUAUGAACACUAACUACCUAUUACGCACCCUCAAUAUUAUACCAAAGUACGCCAUGUAUCAGCUAAUACUUGUAUUAAGUCAACUGCAGACUUCUAUCAUCAACAUCCUGGCUCUGGAUGGCACCAUCGCCUGCGCUCCUCCCUUCUCCUCGCAGGCCCGCGGAUCAAGUAAGAAACAUUUGCACAAGUCUAUUUUUAUCCUCCCCUUUGGCGUGACACAAGUCAAUCCCUAUCGGUAUUUUUUUCCCGCAGUGCUAAGUCAGCAGAUGAUGAUCAUGGAGAUGUUCAUCAUCACUUUGGUCACACGCUUCUUUUACCGCCGUACAUAUGACACGCUUCCCUCAGCCACACAUGACGAGCUACAGAAGGACGGAGUCUGCCCGCAGGCUGCUGACAGGGAACAAGUUGUUUGAAUGAAGGGAGCUAUAAGAUGCGCUUUAUCUCAGGUACAAUUGGAGAAAAGGUUCAUUUGGGGUUGGUCUGUAAGGUGGCGCCACCUACAUGACAGUAUUUCUACAGUAAUGUGUUUACACAAAUUUUUCACAGAUUAAACAACACGACAUUUAUCGUCCAAGUUUUGUUAGCUGAUUUAUCAUUUCAAUGUGCUGAAUCCAAAAAUCACACUAGUUUCGCUCAAUCAGGUUAACUUGCUGAACUAUGCUAAUCAGUGUUGUUUUUGGCAGCCCUUUUAAUUGUCGUUUUAGUCUUUUGGAUGAUAAUACUUAUUGGUCGUAAUCGUAUUUUAGUCAUUUCAAAACGAGUUUGUCUUCGUCUAGUUUUUGUUGAAGAAAACUAGUCCAGUCGAUGUUUACGCAAUAUUUUCGUCAGUAAAAUUCGAAAGUUUCAUCAAUGAAAAAAAGUAUUUCGAAUGAACAUUUACAGAUGAGCACAUAUUGUAGCAUCUACAAGCAUCUACAAAUCUAUCACGUAAUUAUACACACUCAGCAUGAAAAAAGUACAUUUUCAAUUAAUUAUACCCACCAAGACGCCACGAACUGUAUGUUAAAAAAAAAAAAAAAAUGUUGUCCGAUAGUUUAAGAGGACGCUCACUGUUAGCAAUAGCCUAAUGCUAGCGCGAACUUGAAGGCAAUGCUAACGCAAUGAGCAAGGGCGUAGGUUUGGUCUCAGCAUUGGUAGGGACGAUGUAACAGCAUAACCUGCAUGUACCCUUUUUGCUCAGGAUGGGACACUAAUAAGACCAAACAGAUUACUGAACGGGUGUCAGGACUGCAUUUCUCACGAAUAUGAACCUAAUUAAUUGAUAUGCUAAAUCAGGGUUGCUCAUUACGUCAAUCACGAUCAACCAGUCGAUCGCAACGCUAGUGUGAGUAGCUUGCGGCAUCCCCCCACCCCAAAUUUUUUAAAAAAUGUACAUAGUUACCGUAUUGGGCCGAAUAUAAGACGGCCCUGAUUAUAAGAUGACCCCCUUUUUCAAGACUCAAGUUUGAAAAAAGACUUUCUGAACACCAAAUUAAUUUUUUCUUAUAAGCAAUAAUAUUCGGGCCAAUACGGUACUUAACUCUAUGAAUGUCUUAGAGUGUACAAAAACUUUCUUUUGCAAUAUAUAAUACUUAUGUACCUUCAGAAAAAGAUUUUUCUCUUCCAAAACUUGCUUUGACUGAGAAAUCCUAACAAAAAUCAACUGCGAUGUCACCAAAAUGUAAUCGAUUCAUUUGGAAGAUCAGAUUUUUAAAAAUCAAAUUAGCGUAAAAAUCAGACCUGAUUGACAGAAACCAAUGUCAUUUUUGGACUCAGCGGUACAAAUUGUCCCUAAUUCAGAUGAAACUCAGACAACUUUCCACCCAAAAAUUUGGGUAGACUAGUGUAAUCAUAAUGAAAGGGAGCCUUAACAAUUAAUCUAGUCUAUUUCAGACUGACACAUUUGCUUCUUUUAUUUUCAAUAUAUGGAGCAAUUAACAGAAUUUGAACCAUAACAGUCAGGACAUUAAGAAGACCUUUUUCCCCCUCACUUUUUGUUUUAUGGACAAUAAAGAGAAAAAACCUUUGGUGUCACACUGUUCACCCUGAGGUCAAAAUUCAGUCUGGCUCUUUCCAGUGGUUCAAAAAAUUUGCAUUGCAAAUUACAUGACGUUUUAGUUGCUUUUGGAAAAUUUCUUUUCAUCCAUAUGAAAUUCCAAUAUAAGAUGCAGAUGAGACAAAAUUCUAACCCUUUGUUUUCUGGACUGAAAAAUUUAGGCGGCAUAAAAUGCAUCUAUAAUCAUUUAAUUUAAAUGUCAUCCAGUAUAAAAUAUGGACACUAGUAUAACUAGAAAUAUGAAUUUUGAGAAGGGAUCUGAUUAAAAUUGUAACUCAAGCAACAAUAUCCUGUUUUUGUUCUUAAUUUGUAAUUUAACAGUGUUUACAUUUUUUUUCAUAGCCAGAUGUUUUUGUUGUUGUUAUCCUUUUAUGUACAGUAUACUGUGUUUCUGCAUAUAUGUGCAAUGCUCUCAGUGACCCUUCUAUUGUCUGCGAACAAAAACACCAGAGAUUUAUUUCAAGACUGCUGACCCACUUAUACACAGCGGCCGGGGAAUACUUGUCUUGUGCUGCGGAUGAGGUGGCAGCUUUUCCUGCUGUUCCUCAAUUGGCCAAAAGAGAGCGUGUUCCACUUCGGAACUUUAUGCAAUGACCUGAAAAUAAAGAACAAUCUCUCACCUCAAUUCACAUGCCUCGUUAUAAAAGCCGAAGUUGAAACAUUUGAACAGCAACUUUAUCAUCUUUGCAGACAAACGAAGAUGUCAUGACAGAGUAAGGAUAACAAUAUUAUCAAAUUUAUGAUUAUUAUCAUUAUGAACCAACUUUGUGUAUUCAGUUUUAGUGAAAAACAAAUACUGUACUUGUCAUUUCCUUUUAUAUACUCCCCAAUAGUUAUGCAAUUUUCCUCAUGACUCCAUUGUGUUCAGUUCUGCCUCAUGGAUUUGGUCUUCUUACAUUUAAAAAUUGAUUUAUUGGUUCUAAAAAUAACACUUGGAGCAGCAUCACAUUUUCUUUUCAACAUACCAGUCCUGCCAAGCCUUGUGUAAGUAUUAUGUUUUUGCUCUUGGCUGCAAUAGUUACAGAUUAUAAUGUUUUAAAUGACUUAAAUGGUGCAUAUAUAAGUCUAAACACAUUUUGAUCAAUUAUUUCAAAAUUUUAAUAUCACAACCCGUACAACUCACCUGAGUAAAAAUACAUUUUUUUGUAAGGGAAGUAAAAAUAAAACAGUUGAAGAAUUCGUUUAACUAAGAUGUAGCUGUGUUCAGAAUUCACCAAUCACAUUUAAAGCAACACUAGGUAUGUUUUCAACCUUUAUAAAAUAUUUUCAUAACAUUUGUGAUGAUAUGUCAACUGACAACUAGUUGAAUGACACCCAUAGGCAGAGUUUGACUUUUUGGGACAGUGGGGGCACAAUAUGUUGAUGACCCCAAAACGCAGUGUCAGCAAUAAAAUUAACUUACCAGAAUAUUUAAAAUAAUAAGUUGACAAUGAGCGUUUUUUGUUUCCCAUCAUUCUUGAGGGGAAUUCUAAAUCAGGCUGGUUAGGCAAUACUUUUCGCCAAGAUCGUCAUCCAUUGAAUUUGGUACGCCCGCCGGUGUCGUUCCAAUGUAGUUACCCCAGUCAAAAAUUGUAUCCCCUGGGCGGAGCCAUAUGGAGGUACAUUUGUGUCUUUAUUAUUCAAUCAAAAAAAGUUGCUUCAAUCAAAAUAUAUAUUGUCAACCCCCCAAAAAGUCGUUUCAAUCAAGAAAAAUGUGUUUGAAUGCAAAAAAUAA